AGGUGGCGCUAUGCCCCAUGGACGUUGGAUUGCAAUCCGCCAAUGAACUAACGAAGAAGAUGAUCCGUCAGACAUAUGUUGUUCAGGCAGCGUUAGCUUGCUAAUGCUGGAUCAUAAUCGUGGAUACUGUUAAUUAAACCUAUAAUUAAGGGUUAGAGGUUCGUUUCAUAGGUCACCAUCAUGGGUGAACCACAGCAGGUGAGUGCCCUGCCCCCACCACCGGUGCAGUAUAUAAAGGAGUACACGGAUGAAAACAUUCGCAAAGGUCUGGCCCCCAAACCUCCUCCACCCAUCAGAGACAGCUAUAUGAUGUUUGGCAACCAGUUCCAAUGCGAUGACCUCAUCAUCCGGCCCUUGGAGAGCCAAGGCAUCGAGCGGCUCCACCCCAUGCAGUUCGACCACAAGCGGGAGUUGAAGAAGCUCAACAUGUCCAUACUGGUGAACUUCCUGGACCUGCUUGACAUCCUCAUCAAGAGUCCCGGCAGCUUGAAGCGGGAGGAGAAGCUGGAGGACAUUAAGCUGCUGUUUGUUCACAUGCACCACCUCAUCAACGAGUACCGACCACACCAGGCCAGGGAGACUCUGAGAGUGAUGAUGGAGGUGCAGAAGAGGCAGCGGCUGGAGACAGCCGAGCGGUUCCAGAAACACCUUGAGAGGGUGGUGGAGAUGAUCCAGGGUUGCCUGGCAUCUCUGCCCGAUGACUUGCCCCAAAUUGAGGGCCCAAACGGGGUAGGUGAGGGAGCAAAGAACGCGUCUGGAGCCGUCAUAGUCAGUGGCUCGGGCCAGGCGCCCAGACUUGCAUCGGAACCUAUGGACGUAGAAGAGGCCGGGGCGAGUUCUAUGGCAGCUAGUCAGCUUGACAAGAGAACGACAGGCUCUAGGGUGGACAAAGUGUGGGACAAAGACGCUGCUAUGUGCAGUAUCAUAGAUGAGAUUGCUUGAAUCUUGUGUUGAUUGGCUGUGUGUGAGCAAUGCUGUUUUCUUUGUUUGUUGACGUCUGUAUAUAGAAUUUAAGUCUUUGGAUUAUUUGUUUCCUGUCCGUUUUUAUUCCUGUAUUUUCCUUUUUAUAACAUUAGAGGUUACCCAGUAAUCAUCCAAAACAUACUGUAAUAUUUUGAGAUAUUUCAGUAGAUUUCUUUAUGGCUGUGAAGUGGUACCAGGUCCUGGCAGCAACUCUCCAAUAAAAGUACAUUUGUAAAUGAACACUUACGCUAAACAGAUUUUUAUUGAUGGCACUCCAGUUCAAGCCCAAUCAGAUAAUAUAAAAGUGCUCCUAAAAUAUAACCAGCUAAUGUAGAUGGUUGUAUAACAGUGUCAUUUAAUUUACAUUGGCAGCUGUACACAUAGUCCCGUCAUAGGUCUACUGGUCUACAUAGUUUUGUUGUAUAACGUAAAACUUCAAUACAACUUGAUCUAAUGCACCCAUCAGACUACAAUAGCAUGGAAUGAAACAAUGCAAUAUCUAAUUGAAUCCUUGAUGGUUUGCAAAGGUUGGCCUGCUCUAAAUCCUGUGUCAUAAAAUGCCAAUGGAUCAUUUUAAUAAAUCAAAUGCAAUGUAAGACCUACA